UAAGUAGGCGGCCGAAAUCAUUUACUCUCUGUUCCGACAGGGUUUAUUUUGUCGACGCACAAAUAUAUACACCAGACACAAGAAACGUUAAUUUUUAAAGAUUUUUAAGAACAUUUAUAUUUUACUCGGUAUGGAUGACAAGCCUUUACGUGUACUCGCAUGUGGCGACGUUGAAGGAAGAAUAAAUGCCUUGUUCAACCGGGUGAACGCCAUUCAGAAAAAGAGCGGGCAGUUUGAUUUGUUGCUGUGUGUUGGUGAGUUCUUUGGAACUUCUCCUGACGCUGAAGCAGAAUGGGAAGCAUACAAAUCUGGUGCAAAAAAGGCACCCAUUCACACAUAUGUCCUCGGCGCAGCAAGCCAAGAGACUGUGAAGUGUCUCCCAAACUCUGAUGGCUGCGAGCUGGCAGAAAACAUCACAUGUUUGGGUCGAAGAGGCAUUUUCACUGGGGCAUCGGGGCUUCAGAUUGCUUAUGUCAGUGGCAGAGAAUCUCAGCAGGAACCUGCUCCCUCACACUGCUUUACCUCUAAAGAUAUCAUUGCCCUGGCGGCCCCACUGCUGUCUAACUCCAAAUUUCGAGGAGUGGACAUUCUCCUGACAUCCCAGUGGCCUCGAGGCGUAUGGCAGUACGGAAACAGUCCCGAAACUGACACAAAGUUUUGUGGGGUUUCGUCCAUCGCAGAUCUCGCUGACAAACUGAAGCCCCGUUACCAUUUUGCGGGACUGGAAGCGGUCCAUUACGAGAGGCUGCCUUACAGGAAUCAUGUGGUCCUUCAAGAAAAUGCUCAGCAUGUCAGUAGAUUCAUCGCCCUGGCGACAGUCAACAAUCCUGCCAAGAAGAAGUAUUUGUAUGCAUUCAACAUCGUCCCGAUGAAAAACAUGGACCCCGCAGAGUUAGUCAAGCAGCCCCAGGAUGUCACAGAAAGUCCCUACAGGAAACCUAUGAGAGACGGGAGGAAAGAAAAACCACCACCCUCUAUGACAGGCGCCGAGGAGGAACCGGUAUCCCAGUUCUUUUUUGAUCUUGGCCAAAAGAAGCCACAGCACCAGCAACGUCAGCAUGGCAGGAAGAGGCAAACAGAUGGAGACAGACCUAAUUACCCCAAACAGCCCCGAAGACCCCCACAGCCCACCGGACCCUGUUGGUUCUGCCUCGCAAGUCCAGAAGUCGAGAAGCACUUGGUCAUAAGCAUUGGAACACAUUGUUACAUGGCUCUCGCUAAGGGUGGUCUCACUCCCGAUCAUGUGCUCCUGCUGCCCAUCGGACAUUACCAGUCAGUGGUGGAUUUGGCUUCGGAGGUGGUCGAAGAGAUGGAGAAAUACAAGAGUGUUGUCAAGAAGUUCUGUAAAAGCAGAGCCCAGCGGUGCAUCAUGUUUGAGAGGAACUACCGUAGCCAGCACCUUCAACUACAGGUAGUGCCGGUGCCCAUGGAGAAGUGCAGUACAGAAGACAUCAAGGAGGCGUUCAUGACACAAGCUGAAGAGCAGCAGAUGGAGCUGAUGGAGAUUCCAGCUCAUACAGACCUCAAACAGAUUGCUCCUCCAGGAACGCCCUACUUUUAUGUGGAGCUGGAUACAGGCGAGAAGCUGUUUUAUCGUAUCAAGAAAAACUUCCCUUUGCAGUUUGGCAGGGAAGUGAUGGCGAGCGAGGCGUUGUUGAACAUCCCCAUGCGUGCUGACUGGAGGGAGUGUAAAUGUACAAAAGAAGAGGAAGACGAUCAGGCCAAACAAAUGCGCUCUGACUUUGAGCCCUUCGACUUCGCACUUGAUGACUGAGCAACAUUUCAGAUGCAUCUGACUUAAUCCCUUCAUUUUAAUGAACUCAACUGCUUAUUUUAUCCUUUUUAAUUUUGCGCCAUAUACACUUUCCUCUUCCAAUCACUUGCAAACAGGAAACGUUUUUUGUCACAGUGGUCUUUUAAAAGAUGCCUGUUUUUGGUGAUUCAUCUCAUCUGUUAUAUGUGGAAUUUUAUGCUUCAUAAUUAAAGUCAUUUUUCAGAUUUGUAAAA